AUGGCGGAUCCAGUUACCAUUGGUGCUGCUGUAGGAUGGGGCGUAUCCGCAGUAGGCUGGCUCGCCUCGCCCAUCAUUUCAAGGGUCCUCAACAAAGGUUUCGCCCUUCUCGACUUUGACGCAACGGAGAAGCUAAGGAUACUCGAUAUACAAAUUUUACAGCUGCAUGCUGUGAUGGAGGUAGUCGACGAAAGUACUUACAGGGUUCGCUUGGAGCCACUGUUAGACAAGCUUAAAUCUGAUCUCUAUGAAGCCGAAGACAUCUUGGAUGCUGUUGAGUAUCAGCGUCUCAAGAAGCAGAUCCAAGAUGGCAAUAAGGUGGAUUCGCCCAAGAUGUCCUUCUCCUUCCCCAAAAAACAAAAGAAAAGUGGUAUGUCAAAAUUGGAGUUGAAGGAGAGCUUAGAGAAGAUAGAAAGUGCUAUAAGCGAUGCAUGUCCUCCGACACGAGUAAUUGGCCGGGAUGAGGAUCGUGACAAGAUCAUAGCAAUGCUUAAUGAGAACGAAGACCAAUGCCAAACAAAUACUGUCAAUGGUAGUGGCGAAGCCUCAGCGGGACCAUUUUGGGCCCUGGUCCGGGAUUUUCAGAAAAUUCUCAGAGCAUUUGUCCUGUAUUGGUGUAGUGGCCUUAUUGCUUGGUUUUAUAGCUCUGAACCAACUGAGCCAGGGUUUGCUACGGCCGAUGCUCCAUCGCUUAGUGUAACUUGCUAUUCCGUAAUUGGCAUUCAUGGUAUUGCCGGGUCUGGGAAAUCAACACUUGCACAAUAUGUUUAUGAACAUGAGAAAAAGUACAAGCAAGAUAAAAUGGAAGGCCAUUUUGAUAUUGUUAUGUGGAUUCAUGUUUCUCAGAAAUUUGAUUUGGACUCCAUAUUCAGAGAGAUGUUUGAGGGGGCUACAGGGAAAGCAUGCGAAAACUUCAAUAGUCGUAACAUCUUAAAGGAAAAACUGGAGGAUGAACUGCGUGGAAAACAGAUUUUGUUGGUACUGGAUGAUGUCUGGUACAACAUUAAGAAUUCGGGAGAUCGUGAAGAGCUACAAAAGUUGAUUUCUCCUCUGAAUGUUGGAAAGGUGGGAAGCAAAAUCUUGGUGACUAGUCGAACUGAAGCCGCAUUAGUAACUCUGGGUGCUGUAAAAGAGCGAUGCAUUCCAAUAUCUGACUUGGAUGAUAAAGUGGUCCUUGAAAUGUUCAUGCAUUAUGCACUUAGAGAUGCAAGGGUAAGUGAACAUGAUCGAAGAAUACUUGAAAUGAUCGGAGAGGACAUUGCCAAAAAGCUGAAGGGAUCACCUCUAGCAGCCAGAGCAGUGGGAUCACGGCUCCGUGAGACACAAACUGUUGAGUUCUGGAGGAGUCAGAAAGAUCGGGACCUUCUGAAUGACACAAUGGGAGCCCUGUGGUGGAGCUACCAAUAUCUUGAUGAGCAGGUCAGGCGAUGCUUUGCUUACUGCAGUAUUUUCCCUAGGCGACAUCGUUUGAAACGUGAUGAGUUAGUUAAGUUGUGGGUAGCAGAAGGGUUUAUAAAGACUAGUAAGGCUGAAGAGGAAAUGGAAGAUGUUACUAAGAAUUAUUUUGAUGAAUUGCUGUCGGCCUCAUUUCUGCAAUUAGGAGGGAAAGAUAAGUUAUUUGAACAUGAGGUCGAUUACUUUACAAUUCAUGAUCUGUUGUGUGAUUUAGCAGAGGAGGUUGCCGGAAGAGAUUGCUUCAGGAUCGAGAAAGGCUGCACAGGAGAAGUUCCUAAAGAUGUUCGGUAUCUUUUUGUUGGGACUUAUGAUAGAGAGAUGCUUACUAAGAAGAUAUCUGGACUGCAAAAUUUACGCACUCUCAUCAUCGAUGCUCACAUAGAGGUUAAAUCAAAUGAGUGCCAAGUCUUUGCGAGUAUGUUCACUACGUUCAUGGGGCUGCGGAAAUUGCGUGUAUUGAAUUUAUGUCUCAUUGAAACUGGUCGCUGCACGUUCUCAUUCCCGGAUUCUAUUGGUCAGUUGAAGCAUCUGCGUUAUUUUCAUUUUUGGGUGACUGCACUUACCAGGCUCACGGUACCGGCUGCUUUUAUGAAGCUUUACCACAUACAGGUGGUAGAUUUUGGUGGUUGUCAAGAUUUGGUGUUUUCUAGUAGUGAAGAUAUGAUUAGCCUUGUCAACUUGCGCUGUGUAAUCAGUGGGGCAGAUCUGGAUUUUCCGGAAGUAGGCAGGCUCAUAUGGCUCCAAAUGUUACCGUUAUUCACGAUAAGGAAGGAACAGGGGUAUGAGCCACAUCAGCUGAAACACCUAAACAAGCUUCAACGCACGCUGUACAUCCGCGGUCUUGAGAAUGUUGAGAGCAAGGAGGAGGCUCUUCAAGUCAAUCUUGCAGCCAAGGAAAAACUCACAGAACUUGUACUUCAAUGGAAAAGGGAGAGCUGCAGUCCAGAAGUUCAAGCAGAGGUACUUGAGGGUCUUUGCCCAUCGAAGUAUCUUGAAAUACUGGAAAUCAGAAAUUACCUUGCUUCGGGGUUACCGAAUUGGAUUGUGGGUAUGCAUAGCGGCUCCCCAAAGAACCUGCAAGAACUUAUCUUCCGGAACUGUGGCCAGCGGGGACCUGCUGGUGACCUUGGAGCUUUCGUUUAUCUUCUUUCGCUAUGUCUUGUUGAAUGCAGCUGGGAUGCAUUACCAGGUAAUAUGGAUCAUCUCACAUCGCUCAAGAAAUUGGAGAUCACAGUUUGCAUGAAUAUAUGGUCGCUUCCAACACUGCCUAUGUCUCUUGAGGAGUUUACACUCAUGUACUGCAAUCGCGAGUUCAUGCGAUCUUGUACGACGGCUGCUGAUCCAAAUUGGCAAAAGAUUGAGCACAUUCCAAAGAAAACAAUUAUAGGUUCUUGA